UCGAACGAAAGCUUCGAACUCGGGUUUAUUUAUCGGUGACACCCAGGGAACAGCUGUUGGAUCGGCUAACAGCUACAGCCAACAUACCGGCUAACCUUACGUUUAUCAACAUUAUAUCUCUACAUAUAUAGUUACUCUACAGGUAGCUUGGAGACUGUUGCCAUGGAGCCUGCCUGCCGUAAAGACAAGCAGAAGCUGAACUCCACCCCGACCAGAGGAGACCGAGCCAAGCAGAAGUCUGCUCAGCAAGAGCUCAAACAGCGGCAGAGAGCAGAGAUUUAUGCCCUGAACAAAGUGAUGACGGAGUUGGAACAGCAGCAGUUUGAGGCCUUUUGUAAACAGAUGCAGACACAAGGAGAAUGAGGCCUUAUACUCUUCAUGUGGACCAGGAGCUGUUACCAUGCAAAACUACCAUACUAAUGUCAUACAAUCACACACAUUAAUGUUCAAUUAGACAAUCUUUGACCUCCUACUAACUCAAAUUCUUGAUUUUGUAACUUGGAUACGCCAGAGAGUAUUAGUAUAAUCAACCGAUCCGAUUGUAGAAGGUGUUGUAGGUAAAUGUGUCCAAAAAAAACCUCAAAUGUCCACAACAUUUCCUUUGCUUGAAUAUCAACGUAUCUUAAAUGUAUCUACUGAGCGUCCUUUUUGAUCAAUACUUCUGAUUUACAUGCUUUGAGAUUUUGAAGUAGAGCAGAUUAAACACAGAGUAGCUGUAAGUGAAUUUACCCAGAUGCAAACGUUAUGAAGCGGGUUAGCGAUCCUUUAGUUGAAAAGCACACCUGAAAACGAGCUUUGGUAUCAGCCGUCAAUCACUAGAGGUGAUCCUCAUUUGGAAAUGCUUCAUAAGCUUCUUGAAAUAACAGUUUUCCCCUGAGAAACAUCCAAUGUGCUUCGGACUCCCAACAGCAGAACAAGACGUUGUUAGGGAAAUGUAAACAUUGUUUAAUGUAGCUUUAAAAUACACGGUGCCCUUACUAUGCCAGUGUUAAUGGUGCUCACUUUGAAUCACUUUCUGUGAAUGACCUUGUAUGCAGAGCCAAGUGGCCUGUACAUGUUGGGCUAUUUAUGUCUGAUGACUGAAAUGUGUAUAUUACAGACUGUAUGUCUUCCACCUUCAAUUGACUUUGGAUUGAAUGAGAAUAAAAGUUUUUUUUUUAAACCUGUGUUUCUAUUUUAUUCUGUAUAUUAUUAUCCAUAUACUAAAGCACGACAGAAGCUAAUGUUUGUGGCUGCAUGUCAUAUCCUAUAUGUAUGUAUAACUGGGCCCUGGUCUUCACAUGCAGUUUCUACUUAUUCAGGCAAAUAUAAUCCUGUUGACUCACAUUCUGCUGUGUGAGUUUUGAACGCAGUUUGGAAGUUAAUUCUGCAUGCUGUUAUCUCAACUGAAAAUCUUGCUAAUCUUUUAUACAUCAGAGCAUUUUCUUGGGUUCACAAAAUCCAUACCGCAGAACACACAACUACAUUUUAGGGUCACACUUGGUAUAAAUCAAGUAGUCAUAUGCUAUUUUGAAAAAGCCCCUCAUUCUAUUUCUGCAUUGUUCAACACACUUUUGUAUACCUUAGUCAAAUGUUAAAUUCAUUAAUAUUAUUUGCUAAGGAGUAUAUCAACAGUAUUACUUAAGUAGAGUCAAAGUAUUUCUCCACCACAUAUUUUAAUGUUGCGGCUGAGCUAACCGGAGCUAGUUUAUCUACUUUAGAGGAAGUCAGGUAGUUCAGUCUGGUUAUAAACAACCUUUUACGCACUCAAGCUUAAUAAUUGAGUUCAAGUUGAGGUACUUGGACAUUAAUUGAGCAUACAAGAUUUCCCUCUAGCAAAAUAAAAUGGAGAUCCUCAAGUACAUGUAUAUAGAAAUUGUAUUAAGGAUAGUACUUGAGUAUGAACGUAUCCCUACUUUACAUUUCAUUUAGCUGACGCUUUUAUUCAAAGCAUCUUAGAAUAAGUGCAAAAACUACUAUUACUGCUGCUGUUUGCAAGAAAGAAACAACAAGGAAUAGCAGUCUUCAUUUCCUCAGCCCCACAUUUUGAAACGUCCAAGGUCCGUUUUAUUAUAAUUGAGGACAAACCGUGACCACACGUCAAUCAAUACAUCUACAGUCAAAAUGCAAUCAUUAUUGGGACGAACAAAAGGGACUCUUAGUGGAAAACAUCUUAAAA